UCAGGGGAGAUUUCAGGCCUUCCAUCUUAAGUCUGAUGGAGGAGCCUACAUCGCCUACUAUAAAAGAUAGCCACGCUUGUGCUUGAUUGUGGCCAGACCUCUCACGCAAACACCGUACCCAAAAUGCAAUGAUGGCAUCAGACCCAGCCACCAAUGUGGCCAGCAAUAUGGAGAAGGGAGGAAAUCUCAGUGAUCGUCUGCCAAAGACGUCCGUUAAUACCCUUUCUUGGUCGGAUGUUGGGGCCAUUGUCAAAGACCAGAAGACGAAAAAGCCAUUGCCGAUCCUCAGUUCGAACCAUGGUAUCGCUAAAGCUGGCGAUGUUGUUGCGCUCAUGGGACCGAGUGGAAGCGGGAAGACAACACUGUUGAAUGUUCUAGCUCACCGAACGUCCAGUAUGAAAGGCGAGAUCCAGGGAAAGAUUAUGAUCAAUGGUCGAUCUACAACCACCACUGCUAUUCAGAAAAUCUCGACGUACGUGGAACAGGAAGACGCUAUGAUCGGCAUAUUGACCACGCGAGAGACCAUCGACUUCGCUGCACGACUCUCUCUUCCAGCAAACAUGCCUAAAAGUGAGCGACUAAAUAGAGUGAAUGAAUUGAUCCAGUCCUUCGGCCUACAACGACAAGCCGAUACCAUCGUUGGCACGCCUCUUCGAAAGGGUCUCAGUGGUGGACAAAAACGCCGAUUGAGCGUGGCCAGUCAACUUGUGACAUCUCCGCGCAUAGUGUUUCUGGACGAACCAACAAGUGGUCUUGACUCGGCUGCGAGCUUCGAAGUCAUGAAAUACAUCCGUGAAGUCGCGAAGCUACAUCAUUUGAUUGUCAUUGCGUCCAUCCACCAGCCUUCGACAACCACUUUCCAGCUCUUUGAUCAGCUGAUGCUCCUUUCCAAGGGCAAAACGUGCUACUUUGGACCUGCCUCUGGUGUUGAAGCAUAUUUUGCGAAGAUCGGACAUGUGAUUCCGUUGCACACCAAUCCCGCAGAGUUUCUCCUUGAUCUUGUCAAUAGCGACUUCAUACACGGCGGAGAAUUUGCAGAAGGCCGGCUUCAGCAUGUCCAUGAUUCGUGGACGGCCUCCGACGAGCGCAAUGCCCUGGAAGCAUCGAUCGCCAACUGCUGCGACAAAGAUGUUGGGACCUCCAACAUCCCGACCAUUUGGAAGAACCCAGUCUAUAUUUCCUAUGUCCUCCUGCACCGCAACUUUAUCAAAUCAUACCGCGAUCUUAUCGCAUACGGCACGCGAGUAGCCAUGUACUUUGGUCUGGCCAUAAUGAUGGGAACUGUCUGGCUGCGUCUGUCGUACAACCAAACAUCGAUCCAACCAUUCAUCAACGCCAUCUUCUUUGGUGGAGCAUUCAUGUCCUUCAUGGCUGUCGCAUACGUGCCUUCGAUUAUUGAAGACCUACACUCUUUCCGGAAAGAGCGAGCGAAUGGCCUCUACGGUCCCUUACCCUUCACCAUUGCCAAUGCUCUGGUCGGCAUCCCCUGGCUCUUCGCCAUUUCCCUCAUGUUCUCCAUUGUGACUUACUGGCUGGGUAACUUUCACGCUACAGCGAGCGGGUUUUGGAUGUGGGUCCUAUGGCUUUUCCUCGACCUUCUCGCCGCCGAGGGCCUUGUGGUCCUGGUUUCCAGUAUCUUUCCCAUCUUCGUGGUGGCUUUGGCAAUCACGGCCUUUGCGAACGGGUUGUGGAUGAGCGUCGGCGGUUUCCUCGUGCCCAUGAACACACUGAACGUCUUCUGGAAAUACGUCUUUCACUAUAUCGACUACCAGGCCUACGUGUUUCAGGGCAUGAUGGUCAACCAAUUCAGAUCUACCAUCUGGAACUGCGAGAAGUUGGCCUCGGGGUAUCAGUGCAUGUACUCCAGCGACCUGCAAUCUCAGGGUCAGAUCCGUGGUACCGCCGUCCUGGAAGCGUACAAUUACCCGCACACGGACAAAAAGGUUGGGGAGUGGAUUGGGAUUAUGUUCGCAAUUAUCAUUGCAUACCGUCUGUUGGGCUAUGGUGCCUUGUCCUUGAAGAGGCACUGAUUGACUAGCAGCCCGAAGCCAAUUGGCCAAUUCGUGAAGCCUGGCGCACAGUGGGCUGAUCCCCGAGCAUUGGCAUGUCGUGUCUUUCCAUCAUGCAUCCGGCGAUGUAUGUAUCUUUCCCCAUCGCGAUGUAGAAAUCGGCACAACACCUGAAUGCUUACGACACUCCGGGC